UCUUCUUCUUCUCCCUCAAUUUCCAUCUUCUCUCAUUGCAUGUCAUUUACAGUAGAAGAUCCGAUGGAUUCUAUCAUGGUAUCAGAGCACCGGUCUUAGGAUUUACAGCUCAGAUCUAAGCUCCGCCGGUAAUCAGGAACAAAGCACUAACAAAGCUUAUUUUUUGAGCAGCCAUGGACGAAAAUGAUGUUGCUUCGCUUAACCACAAUCAUCCGCUAUUUUUACAAGUUGGAGAUGCUCCAGGACUCGUAUUGAUACCGCUCAAACUUACAGGACCAGAAAAAUAUGCCCUUUGGAGAAGAGCGAUGAAGUUAGCACUACGAGGAAAGAGCAAGCUUGGUUUUGUAGAUGGUACUUGUGUAAAAAAUAAUUACAAAAGAGAAUUGGCAGAGCAAUGGAAAAAAUGCAAUGCUAUUGUGUUGUCAUGGAUUGGAAGCACCGUAUCAAGUGAAUUGAUGCAGAGUAUUGUGUACACGUCAAAUGCGAAGAAAGUUUGGAGCGAUUUUCAGGAGAGAUUUGACAGAUCUAAUCUCACCAAAAUUUAUCAUCUGUGGAGUGCAAUUGCGACUCUAAGGCAAGGUAUAAAGGGCAUCUGAAGGAGACUUGCUUUAAGAUAAUUGGAUAUCUACCUGAUUUCAAAAUCAAAAAAGAAGAAUCAGACAGCUGGAGGAAAGGCAUAUGCCAAUAAUGAUGCAAAUACAACUACUGCAAAGGAAGAAAGAACAAUGCCAACAAUUCAAACACCAAGCCAUUUUUUACAGAAGAGCAGUACAAACAAUUGGUCAAUCUGCUGUCAAAGCCUAAUGCAGGGGAAUGUUCUACAAAUAUGACAUGUAUAAUUUCUCUAUUGUCUAGUAUAGAUAUGUGUGAUUGGAUGAUAGAUUCAGGGGCAACUUAUCAUGUCACCUACUGCAAGGAUGUUCUAAAGGAUGUUAAAAGUGCUGGGAGACAAGGAGUGCAGGUGCCUACAGGAAACAAGUCAAAAUCACUAACACAUGAAAUACAACUAUAUUAAAAAAUAAGAAAGUGAGGAAUGUGUUGUAUGUGCAAAAUUUUAAGUUCAAUCUACUAUAUAUCAGUGUCUAAACUCACCGAAAAUCUGUGGUGUUCUAUCA